UCCCCAACUUAUUUCUACAGGUGGGAAUCAGUCAUCCUUGCAUUAUUUGUGAAGGCCAUUGGGAUGAACUUUUGGACUCAGUUUCUGUCAAGAAUUGUGAUGAAGUUGAAAUGUCGAUAAUGUUGGAAUGAGAUAUUCCAAUACCAAGAAGGCCUAACUUCUUAGUGUUGAACAGUGAUAUUCUGGAAAAACUCAUUAUGGAGCAACCUAGCUCACUUCCCUCUGGAAUCACCAUUCACCCUGUCCCACAUCCAGCACCACCUGGUGCACCAUCUGUGGCACAGCCUCAGCCGGCAGCAAUUCGCACACCUCAGGAAGCUCCGGUUUCUCAUCCUCAAGCCACUGCCACUGCCACAGGCCCCCAGAAGCCCCCAGAAGCAGGAUCUCCCUUGGCUACCAAUGAGGCACCAAGUCCUGAAAAAACCCAGCCAAAUGAAGGGAAUGUCCAGCCAGAAGUACAAAAGUCUGCAGUAACCCCCGUGGAGCAGAAACCAGCAGAAGUACCUGCAUCAGCACCGAAAGUUGAACCAUCUCAGGAGACUAAGCCAUCAUCAGAUCAGGGAUCAGCUGAGGCUCAGAAGCACUCUUCCUCACCAGAUGCAAAACAUACUGUGCCUGUGAAGGGCCCGGAGGAACCACGUCAAGUAAAACAAACUGCACCACCAGGUAAAAGUGCAGCCCCAGCACCUGCUACUCCUGUAAAAGAUAAGCUAGAGAAGGAGCCAGAGAAGAAGGUGACUCCUGUUAAAUCACCUGCAAAACCUCAAGCUGCUGGCAUGGUAAAGGCACCAGAAAAAUCUCCCCGACAACCUCCCAAAGGAUCUCCACAAAAGAAGGCACCUGCAGCAGCUACAACUCCACGACAAAAAGGAAAAGCAGCUGGGAAGUCUGGACAGGAUGCCCAACAAUAUGUAGCAACUAAGUCACAGCCUCCCAUCUUGGAGCCAGCUGACACAGAAAAAGAGUCAACUCCCAACAGAGGAAGACCUGCAAAGGGUCAGCGGAAGCGAAGAUCAACUCCCCCACCAACACUGGAUUCAGAAGAGAGACGCUCAAAGCGAAGGAGAACACAAACUCAGCCUUAUCAGUCCCCUCUCCCUGAGUUCACUUAUAUUCCUAAAGCCCUGAAACAAGCCAUGGCUAAACCCCAUGAAGAAAAUAUGACUGUCUUCUUCAGAGGUGAGCAUCUGGCUGUGCGGAAUGCUGAAGGAGGCUUCUACAUCUGCCAGGCCAUGCAGAAUAUCCAUAAGAACAGUCAUCGCAUUCGUAUUCGGUGGCUCAGCCUCAUUGAGGACAAGAAGGAUCUCUAUUCCCCAGAUUUCUAUGAUUAUACAGAUUUUGAAUGCAUUCUGUGCAAUUUGAGCAUGGAGAAAGUAGAAAAGGGCUACUACCGACUUCCUCAGAAGGAGCUGGAAAGAACUGAGAAUAUCCUUAAGAGGGCUUUGGAAUUUGAAGAGUCAGGUGGCCAGCGUCCCACUGUCACUGAAGAGCAUCCUGAUGGAAUUGACGUCUCGAUACUGAAAGACGAGUCUCAGCUACAACAGAGGAGGAGUCGGAAGUCAUCUCGGCGGGGAACACAGGAAGGGGAAUCCUCAGAAGAAGAGACUUCCCUUGAUGAACUAGAAGAGGAGGAAGAAGAGGUGGAAGAAGAUGAAGAAGAUUAUGAGGAAGAUGAAGAAAAGCCAAAGAGGAGGAAAGGGAGGAGAGGUGGACAGGUUGCAAAGAAAACCCCAGCAACCGAAAAUGAGGACCACUCUGCUCGAGGCAACAGAAGUCGACCAACGAGGCAGGCAAAGACGCCUACAGGUAAGAAAGAAGUUCAGGCUCCUCCAACUGUAACUGAAGAACCUGACGAGAAGACAUCAGGAACAGGCGUCACCCCCACUCCAAAGAAGAGACGUCAGGAAACCCCCACGGCCGAAGAGAAGCCACCUGAAGCUCCCACCAAGAGAGGAGCUUCAAACUCUCCUCCAGAUGGUGGGCUUGCCACUAUUCAGGCUCUGAACCAAAAUCAGAGAACUACCAGAGCUACUCGAGGGGCACCAAGUGCAAGCCCUGAUGCAAAGGGAAAAGCCUCUUCAACACCUUCACCCACUCCAGCUACUAAGAAGAAAGCCAAUAAAUAAGAUGGAAUGAACAUACGCUAUUCCUCGUUUAUCUCUUUUUCUCUUCUCAAGUGACCUGUGGUUCAUGAACCAAGCAAGAUGAAUUCAUGUCUAGCUUCCAGCCAUCUCAAAGUCAUUGCACAUGUCUGCUGACAAUAUCAGUCAACUCAUUGCACUUUAAUGAUUCUAUACCUCAAGCAUGCUGCUUUGUUGAAGAUUUGUGUGAUCUUCAGGAUCUGGUGCACUAUCAACUUGAUUCCAUUGUGAGAGAGGAAAAUGAAAUGCCAUACGAUGGCUGAGGACAGUUUAUCUCUCCCACCUGUGCUCCUCACCCCCUCCCCCCCUCCCCCUGUGUACCUCUGCAUCGCACUUGUGUGCUUGUUCAGCUUGGGCCGU